CUGCCCCGCUCCGCCUGAUCCCACUCCCAGCACCUGGACCCCUCCCCCUGCUCGUCCGCGCCCCAUUCACCCACAUCCGCCACUGUCCUCCAUGCCCUGCCCCCCGGUGUGCCUGACGACCCGAUUCCUCGCCAACGAACUCCUCCUCCUCGGUUCCACACUUCUCGGAUCCUUGUCGCCCCGGCCGAGCAGAAACCGGAGCCCUGCCGCAAAUCCGCAGGGAGGAGGAGCCGAGGAGGGGGAAGAAUGGACGCCCCGUCGAUGGCGCUCUACAACCAGCUCAAUGCUGCCCAACCAUUCUUCUUGUUAGCUGGGCCCAAUGUGAUCGAAUCAGAGGAACAUGUCAUGAAGAUGGCCAAACACAUCAAAGCCAUCACAACCAAGCUUGGGGUGCCUCUUGUGUUCAAAUCAAGCUUUGAUAAAGCAAACCGUACAUCGUCGAAAUCCUUCCGCGGUCCUGGUCUGGAACAAGGCCUAAAGAUCCUUGAAAAGGUGAAGGCUGCAUAUGACCUUCCAGUGGUCACCGACGUGCAUGAAAGCUGCCAGUGCGAAGCUGUUGGAAGAGUUGCUGAUAUUAUACAGAUUCCAGCUUUCCUCUGUCGCCAGACUGACCUUCUAGUGGAUAUCCGCUAG